AUGUUUUUCACCUGUGGCCCAAAUGAGGCCAUGGUGGUCUCUGGUUUCUGCCGAAGCCCACCUGUCAUGGUGGCCGGAGGACGAGUCUUUGUCCUGCCUUGCAUCCAGAAAAUCCAGAGGAUCUCUCUCAACACACUGACCCUCAAUGUCAAGAGUGAAAAGGUUUAUACUCGCCAUGGGGUCCCCAUCUCAGUCACUGGCAUUGCCCAGGUGAAAAUUCAGGGGCAGAACAAGGAGAUGCUGGCGGCCGCCUGCCAAAUGUUCCUGGGGAAGACAGAAGCUGAGAUUGCGCACAUUGCACUGGAGACGCUGGAGGGCCACCAGAGAGCCAUCAUGGCCCACAUGACUGUGGAGGAGAUCUAUAAAGAUAGGCAGAAAUUCUCAGAGCAAGUGUUCAAAGUGGCCUCAUCAGACCUGGUCAACAUGGGCAUCAGUGUGGUCAGCUACACGCUGAAGGACAUUCACGAUGACCAGGACUAUCUGCACUCAUUGGGGAAGGCUCGAACUGCUCAAGUCCAAAAAGAUGCUCGAAUCGGGGAAGCUGAAGCCAAGAGAGAUGCUGGGAUCCGGGAGGCCAAAGCCAAGCAGGAAAAGGUGUCUGCCCAGUACCUGAGUGAGAUUGAGAUGGCCAAGGCACAGAGGGACUAUGAGCUGAAGAAGGCUGCCUAUGACAUCGAAGUUAACACCCGCCGAGCACAAGCUGAUCUGGCCUAUCAGCUUCAGGUGGCCAAGACCAAGCAGCAGAUUGAGGAGCAGCGUGUCCAGGUGCAGGUGGUGGAGCGGGCCCAGCAGGUGGCAGUGCAGGAGCAGGAAAUCGCCCGGCGAGAGAAGGAGCUGGAAGCUCGAGUCAGGAAGCCUGCAGAAGCUGAGCGCUACCGGAUGGAACGCCUAGCGGAGGCAGAGAAGUUGCAGCUGAUCAUGCAGGCUGAAGCGGAGGCUGAGUCUGUGAGGAUGCGUGGGGAAGCAGAAGCCUUUGCUGUGGAGGCCCGAGCACGGGCAGAGGCUGAGCAGAUGGCCAAGAAGGCAGAAGCCUUCCAGCUGUACCAGGACGCGGCUCAGCUGGACAUGCUGUUAGAGAAGCUUCCUCAGGUUGCUGAGGAGAUCAGCGGCCCCUUGACUUCAGCCAAUAAGAUCACACUGGUGUCCAGUGGAAGUGGGUCUGUGGGGGCAGCCAAAGUGACUGGGGAAGUACUGGACAUCCUGAGCCGCCUGCCAGAGAGCGUGGAAAGACUCACAGGCAUCAGCAUCUCACAGGUGAACCACAACAAGCCUUUGCGAACAGCCUGA